CUUAAUGACAAAAAAAAAAAAUUAUCUUACCUUCAACAUAAAGAAAUUCUUUAUAGCCAUAAACAUGAAGAUUCUUUGGCAACCAUUGCCAAAAAUAUCAAAUGCGGUAAAACCACUAUGCAUGAUACUUUGAAACAGUAUGCUCAAACAGAAUCUACUAUGCCAAGAAAACGUCCUGGUUCAAAAGCUAUAUUUAAUGAAUCUGCAUUAGAAGAACUUAGAAAAAUGGUUAUACAAGAUACCAAACACCAUCGAUUAAGCCUUAAAGAAAUACAAGAUUUAUGGAAAAAAAAAAAAAACCAAAAAGUUUCUAUUUCUACAAUUCGUCAUGCUUUAAAAAAAUGUGGUCUUAAAUCAUAUAUUGCAUGUCAUAAGCCAUUAAUUAGUGCUAAGAAUAGACUAGAACAGAAAGCCUGGGCAGAAGAACAUCUGAAUUGUUAUAAUAUACGAGUUUGGCAUACCCCAGCUAAAGAGUUUGAUGAAUCAUGUCUUGUUCCUACUGUAGGACAUAGUCCUAGUCUUAUGUUCUGGAGGCAUGGGUUAGGACCCAUAGUUCCUAUUCAUAGUACUAUAAAUGGUGAA